AGCAGCAGCUCCCAGUCUCUCCUGCUGUGCUACUGUUAUUAGGUAGUUUCACAGACUGAAGAGACACGCUGCUGCUCAGCUGUAAAUGCUCUGGCGAUCCCGAAUAAGGUCCAGCUCCCGGUCGCCGUGGAUAGGUUCUGGCAGGUUCAGGCCCUCUGCUUCUCUCCCAGGGGUCACAUGGAACUGGACUUAAUCCCCAGCUCGCACUGAGACAGAAGACAAAGAGACCUGGGACAGACCAUUUGAAACACCAGAUCCAGAUUCAGAUCCAGGUCCAGCGCAUUAGCCUACUGCUGUCACUCAGCCUGGUGAAGAUAGUUUGUCCUGCUGCUCUCCUCCCACCUCUUUUGUGCUGCUGACAGACGGACAGGCAGACUCACAGCAAGAUCUGAUCGAAGAUCAGGGUGACAGCAUGGCAUAUAGAAAGGUGUGUGACACCCAGGGUGGCCCACUGGUUGGUGAGGUGCUGCACUGCUCUGGAGGUCUGGACCUUGACUGGGACCUGGACAAGGAGGAGUUGCAGGAAUCAGGACCAAGCAUGGACCGCAUGCAGAUGCAACAUGUAGACUGCCAGAGAUCAGAUGCCGGUCCUGACCCUGACCCUGAGCUGAUGGAACCCAUCCAGCCAUCUGUCUCAGUUUCACCGCAUGGACGAUUUGAACGUCUCCAGGAAGAUCCAAACUAUAUCUCUCACUUCACCAGGGCUCCUGGCCAUAAAGGCCAAAGGCGACUCCACUGUUUCCUAGUCAGAUACCUCUUGGCAGGGGUGGGACUUUUUGUCCUUGGCGUCCUGAUUGGCUGGUUCACUCACACAUCUACCGUCAAACCACCUAUUCAGCCACCUGACAGCUCCGAUCUGCUUGAGGACUUGCUGAGACGAAUCACAGCUGACAAGAUAGAUGCGCUUCAAAGGUCUUUCUCCAGCCUGUCAGAUGACAGUGAGGAAUCCAGAGCCAGGUACCUCUACAGGCAGUGGGUUGGACUCGGUUUGACUGACGUCCAUCUAUCCAAUCACACGGUUCUGCUCAGCCUACCCGGUUCCACACCCAACACCAUCACUGACCAGUCUAGUCAUCAGUGUUUCCUGCCAAAUGGGAUCCCAUGUGAUCAGCGUGGCCCGAACGACCUACCGAGGCAGCAGUUCUCCUAUGCAGCCUACUCUGCUGUAGGAAGUGUGCAGGGGGAGGUGGUGGACGUCCAGUACGCCAGUGUGGACGAUCUGAGGAGAGCCAAAGACAGCCUGAACCUCACCAACCAGAUAGCAGUGGUCAAGCUUGGCCAGGCGCCUUUACUGUACAAGCUGUCCCAGCUGUCAGAGUUGGGCUUUGGAGGUGUUCUUCUCUACAUCGACCCCUGUGAUGCUCCUCCUGGCCACCACACCUGGCGUCAAGCCUUUAGAGUCACCCUAAACCCUGGAGGAAAUCCUGCUAAUGUUGGGUGGUCAAAAGAGGCUGGAGGAAGUCUGACAUCUUUGUUGGUUCAGCCCAUUUCUGCCUUACUGGCAAAGACAUUGCUUUCCUCUCCAUCCACCGGGCAGGGAGACUCCUGCAUUCCUCUCGCCAUGCCUCCCAACACAGAGCGAAAGAAGAUAACCCUGACUGUGGGAAACCAGUUGUCCUACAAGAAGAUUUACAAUGUUGUGGGAUACCUGAAAGGAAGGAGGAACCCAGAUCGCUAUGUGCUGGUCGGCAGUCGCCAUGACAGUGACCAGGGAGGCGGGACCUCAGCAAUAAUGAAUCAGCUCAUCGCUGCCCUGACAGAGCAGACCAAACGAGGAUGGGUGCCGGACCGUACCACUGUGUUUUGCUCAUGGGGAGGCUCAGCCCUGGGGAGCAUCGGCUCCUAUGAGUGGGGAAAGGAUAACAGUGUUGUCCUACAGAGCAGUGCAGUGGCCUACGUCAGUCUGAACUCGCCAGUUCGAGGGACAGAGACUCUCAGAGCUACAGCUUCUCCAACACUGCUCCAACUUACCUCGGAUAUCCAGAGGAGACAAUUGCUGAGUUGUAUUCGUGGAGGAAACUGCCCUGGACCCAACGUCAGCUCGCUGCAGUUGCCUGGAGAUGUCAGUUUCUUUGCCAACCAACUGGCGGUGCCCACCGUGGAGUUUGCCUUUGAGCAAACUAAAGCAGAAGAGACUACCAGUUUUCUGUCAGAGGCCCAAUUUUCUGCAGAGGCACCGGAAACCCUGGACCCACUUUUCAAGUUUCAUGAGACCAUUGCUAAGAUGACAGCAGAAGCGAUUCUCCGCCUGGUCAAUGAUCCCGUGCUGCCAUUCUACCCUCUGGACAUCGCCCUGGACGUUCAAAACAAACUCAAAGACAAGAGUGCCGUAUCGCCGCCCCUGCUGUCCUCAGCCUCCUCCCUCAGAGAUCACGCAACUUUUUUCCAGUCAGAAAUUAUGCGGCCGGCAAAUGAUCCUAAAGAGCGCGACCCCUCCCACGUUCGGAUGCUGAACGAUGUGCUCCGUGACCUGGAGAAGAGCUUCAUCAUCCCACAGACAGCGCCUGGAGUGUACAGGAAUCAGUUGUACAACCUUCCGGGAAAGACUCCUCAGUUUUCCAUCCUCCAGUUCUCACAGGAAGCUAUCCUACAUUGCAACGUCACCAGCAAAGCAGUCAAGUACAACUCUGCCAACAAAGAAGUGGUUUGCCACAGCAACAUGAACCAGUCACUGUCUCUCAUCCUCAGGGCCAUCCGGUCAGCAGAGAGGCUGGUGUGUUUCGGACUGGACUUGUUUGAGAAUUACAGAAAAUAAUCUCGGCCGACAGACAACUUCGAGUGAUCGUGGAUACAGUACGCUCAAAAGCAAAAGCUGCCACUGAUCAGGUUCAUAAAGUUUAAUACAUUGGAGAUAUUAAAACAAAAUUGACCCUCUGAUCAACCUUAUCCAAUCUUGAUAUUACAGUCUUGGAAUAGUUGAGAAUUCUAAGAGAUUCCACUCACUAAAUGAGUAUUAUUUUUUUUCUCCUCAACAAAAAGGCACUUAAAUUCCCAAAGUGUCAUUUGUUAGGAAAAUACAUAAUGUUUGGAUCAUUAUGCAUUUCCCCAAUACCUAAUAUCAAAUAUGCACUCCAAAUAUAAAGCUGAAAAAGCUACUUUGAAUGAUUUUCAUAUCUAGAGUUGUGAAAAAAAAUCUACUUUCUGAUUGAUGAAUGUACUGAAACUAAGUUGUUGCACAUAGCUCUUAGAUAUGCAAAAAAAUAUUGACACAGUGGGGUCAUUUAAAUUGCACUGAACUGUCUUUUGAUUAACACUUAACAGUAAUAAAUAUGGUAAUUUUUAGAUUAUUUUUAAUAAUUUAAUUAGAUUUGCCUUCACCAGACAAUUACUCUGUUGCCUGGAAAACUUUUAUUCAUCCUUCUGUGGGCAAAUCUCAGCACAAGGAGGCUUGAGGGGGGAAAAGCAACAUUUUAGGAAAUUAUUAUCUAAUGAAGAAAAAUUGGAUCUUGUUUUGUAAUAGUAAGGAAAAUGUACAGUAUUUGAAUUUUGUCUGUAGAGGUGUAGCCAUGGUAGAGAAAGAGUCUACAUGUGUCUACACAGACUUGAAGACAUUUGAGGCAGGUCUGGGUAGUGUGACUGUGACAGUGGCUGUUUGUGCCCUCAAAAGAAAUUUUGGUGUUCUACAGCCUUGGCCCUUCCCAUGAUUGUGGUUAUUCAUUCUAACUUAGCAACACAUGCGCUGCAGAAAUUUGGGAAACACAGCUACGUGUAGGAUGUCGUGGUGAUUACCUCACAACAAAAUGGUUUUAGGUUUGAACCAGCUGACUGUCUGUGGUCUUUCUAUGUGGAGUUUGCAAGUUCUUGCUGUGCCUGUAAGGAUUUUCUCUGCUCCCGCUACUGGCACAGUCCGAAGACAUGCACAGUAGAUUAAUUGGCAAUUUUAUACUGACUGCAGGUGUAAGUGUGAGCAUGCAUGUUGGUUGUGUGAUGGACAGGUAAUCCUUUCAGAGUGAAUCCCGCGACCUGCCCGUUGUCAGCUGGAAUAGGCUCCUGACCCCCGGGGCGUUCUAAAUUAGAUUUUUCAUUUGGUUCAGUUGCACUGAUUUCUAGCUGUCUAACCACAUGGCUGGCUUGGUUGGCGAGGUCCCAAGGUUAAAGGCUCCAUAUGGUGAAAAUCAAUUUUUAGAUGUUUUGUCUCCAGCAGUUUGUUUUACUUGCCAGUGCUACUUCUGCUAAUUCUUAAAGGUCUCAGACACAAGACUAAAGAGUCUCCAUGCACUCCUAGCAUCUGAAGAACUGAAGAUCCAGUGAUUUUCUUUGUUUUCACUUAUUUUUUAGUGUUAUUUUGUCUUUCACUGAAAAAACUGCCACAGUGCGAGUCUUCUUCCUGAAGAGGUGGGGACAGCAGCAGACCCUUGGCAUGAAUAAGUUUUGAAAUGGUUAUGAAGGGACUGCUGGCUAACAUGUUGUCUUAAUGGGCUCCAUUUUCACUACUUCAUAGUUGUUCUGUAAAUGGAAAUGAGAACAACUUUAUUGGAAUUUUGGCUCUAUUGAAAUGCAGUAUAUGUGAGCACAGAGAGCAAGAGUGAAGUAAACAGAUGUAAACACCAGCUGAGUUCAGGAUUCACUGAAGCCCAACAGGAGACAUAAAGACAGUACUUUGGAGGAAAAUGCAAUUAUUUACUUCAAUGGCUAUUGGUUCCUCAGUUUCUUCCAAAGAAACUGAGGAACAAGCCGACAUUUCUCGUCGGCUUGUAAAACUGGGAGGUCAACUAGUUGACAGGGGUAGAUGAAUGGCAGUAAUGUAGUUUUCUCACAGCUUUUCCUCCAAGUUUUUAAGGCAUACAAGCACAGAAUAAACAUGGACUUUCAUCAUUUGGGACUUUUGAUUGGCGAAUGUCUCUCUUUUCACAUCUUCAAAGUUUGUGUUCAGACUUUAGGUGGUGAGUGCAAAGUUGGUAUAAAGAAUGGCCAAAAUCAUGGGAAAGACAAUUUUUUUAAUUUGUAUUUGGAUGAUUAUAUAAUUAGCACCUUCCAACUAUAAAAUUCUGAAACCCAGUUAACCGUAAGGGCCUUGUUUAACAAAAAGCCAUUCUAGUAUCAGCCUACCUAACAUCAGACUUUACAGGAGCUGUACUAAAAUCAGUGUAAGCCAUGGCAUCUUACUGUGUGGCUCGUCACUUUUGAUAAAGAGCAAUAAGCCGCAUUUAAAACAACAGAGCAUGUUCAUUUAAGGAAACCACUUGAAGCAAUAAAAAUGAAACCGUUCUAGUUGUGAGUUUACAUCUAGAUGACUCUAAUGAAGACGUCCUGGUAGCACAGGCAUAAAACCUGGUUCAGUAGUUGGGUUCGUGGUGCCUCUGGUUUGGCCUGUAGCCUAAAACAACACCCAGAGUAACUGGCAGUGUUGGCAGGUGUGGAAGCUGGUGGGGAAGAGUUUUCUUGUUCCUCACACUCUCUUGUCCUGCUGGUAAAAGAGGUACAACUCAGUCAGGUGAAAACAAGCAGUCAGUGUCUACAGAGACUUUGCAAGAGGGAUGGUGGUCUGGACCUGGCAGUGACAGAGACCAACAACUAGACAUGGGAGGCAAGGGGGGAAUGCAAAAGUCAAAGAAGGGAAUUGGAAAAAUCUAAUUGAUACACAUUUAAGAAGCUUCGUAACAGUCGGAAUUAUCCACUGCUUAAAAACAGCCAUACUGUUACUCAGAAACUCAGUCCUGUGUAGCAUUCAUAACAAUCCUGUAGACUGAAAGCUAAAAUGCUUGAGCACACAAGUGCAGUUGAACAGCAGAAUGAGCUUCCCCAUACACAGCAAUGCCAGCUGGAAGCAUUAUACAUUUACAACCAUUAUGCUCUGUUUGACAAUUUCUAUCUCCAUUUGUCACUCCCUCCCAUUUUCUCCGUGUCUGUGCUAUACACUGCAAACUCUUAAUGUUUUAAGUGGCAGCAGUCUGCGUUAUCUCUCUGCCUCCUCUUUAUUCUUCACACAUUCUCUCCCUAAUUACGUCUCCAUCCAGCGAUUUCUCUCAUUGUGCAGCAGUUAGCUCUGCUCAUGAAAAGAGAUAUUGGAGUCGAAGGCUGAUUUGCUGGCUUUAACACCCCGCACAAGCUUCAGUAGACACCCGUACUGUUUAAUAGCUAAUUAAUAUUAUGAAAUGGUAUACAAAAAACACAGUUAUUGUGAGGAAGGGCAAUAGUUGGUUUAUGUUUUUUAGGCUAUAACCAAAUUGCUUGGUUGAAAAGCUGCAAACUGAAGAUCAGCAGCUCGAACAAUUCUGAAAAAAAGGAACCAUGAGAUUCAUUUUUCUUUUGUAGUUAGGCAUGAUGUUUGCUAGAGUAGCGUUUGUGAGAAAAAUAAUGAGUGAAGCACUAUUUUAUACAAUGAAAAAAAGUUUCCUACCUUAACUUAUUUGUAAUAAUUUGAGUGUGAUAGACUUUUUUAACAUGAUGGAAGGGUGGGAGGGCAGUGAAUGGGCUCUGAUUUUGCAGCUUGUAAUUUCUUAUUAAAUCACAGAUUUGUAGCAAUGACACUCCUUUAAACCGUUCUGAGGAAUGAUUAAGUAGUAUGUGUGUAGUAUUUCCACAGUAGAUGCAUUCAAAUAAUUUUUAGUCUUUCUUUUUUCAAUUAAUUGCAGUUCAAUUUUUAGCAAAGAUUUGAUACGCAAAAUUUUGUAAGGUGAGCUGAUAAUUUGUACGUGAUUGUCUGAUUUGUAAAUAAACAGAUUUGCAAUACUGAUUUUGGACAGAAAAUUUUCAGGGAUGAGAAAUCAAAUGCUUUAAAUCAUGUGCCUUUUAGCAGUUAAAAAAUGCUUUAAUUUAUUUAGUAUAAUGACAAGUGAUGUACCAAAAAAAUUGAUUAGAUAGCAGGUGGAAUCUGAUCGGUUACCCACCAUUGUGUUGAUAUAUCUGGUUUUCACUGUAAUUUCUCCCAGUAGCAUUGUAUUGCAUUCAGACUGUAUGCAAGGAAAGUUUUUUUGCUGCUGCAAUUGCAAAUAAAAUCAACAUUUCAGUUAGAAAUAAAAAAAACACCAUCCAGUCUAUCUGUUGCUGCCGCUAAACCAGGUAUAGUUUAUGCAUUAAAUAAACUCAGACUGCAAAAAGUACCCAAACUUUAUCAACUGCAUGAGUAGCACAAUGUAAAAAUGUGUUUAAUGUUGAAACUGAAUGCACCUUUUGAAAACUGUCUGUUGUCAUAACAAGAUGCUUUGCUAAACUAGCCUGCCUAACUCGGCAACGAAGACAAAAUGAUACUAUGCCCUAUUAUCAUUAAGAAAAGAGUUUCAGAACAAAACCAGGUACGUCAGAGGACUAGUUACAUUCAGCAUGUUACCACUUCUGAUGAACAAUUACAUAAAAUUUUCAAUGUUUCAUAUUUUCACCAUUUGGAAGAAACGUUGCCUUGUAGGUUGGUUGGUCUUUGUACACUAUGUAAAUUCAAUGUAUUGCUAAUUGUGUUUUAUUUAAUGGCGAGACAGAUUGGUGGCGUCACUGUGACACAGACUUUUCAUACUGUAAGCAGAGCCUCAAGUAGCAAACGCACUGACUAUAAAGUUUUGCUCUGUGCUGUAUUUUAACAAUCACAAUUCAGUCGUGUAGGACUUACCCGCACACUAUGUAGCACUGACAGAUAUAAAUGUCUACUGCUACUUGUAUCGAGAAGAGAGCUGCAACUAACCCCAACACUAAUCCCAAUUUUAAGUAUAGAUUGAGAUACCUUUUUUGACAUAAUGACAUGGUACACAUGAUUAGUUUAGGAAGCACUUAGACAUUAACAAUACAAUGAUUCUUCCUGUUUUUGCCAUGUCUGGUUUAAUUUUGGUAAUCUUUUUGAAGAUGACAUGGCGUUCAAAGCUGCUAGUAGAUUUUGGGGUUCAGAAAGUUAUUCUAUGACCAGAAUAGUUUGUGGUUAAUUUAAUAGUUCACAAUUAAUCAAUUAAUUAAUUUUUGCAGCUUAAUAUUGAGCAGUGAUUUUAAGUCCAGUUGCCUUGAUGUGUUACAGUAUGACCAGUCUGCCUCACAGCGUGGCUCUUCUGCAUCUGUUUUGGGUUUUCAUUUUUUUUUAAUCGCAUGAGCCAUGCAAAAUGUGAUUAUUGCAUUGAUUGUUGUGUUUUGACAGUUUCUACAUGACACUGUUGUACAAAAAGACCUAAAGAGGUCCUCAAACAUUGUUCCUUAAAAAAGUUAUAGGCAUACUGAGGGUAAGAAGCACAAAGGUAAAGCAUGCCAUGACAUAAACGUGGUUGUCUGCAGUACAAAAUGCAUCAUUGCACUACCGGGGUUCAGCCUACCUCUACAGAGGUCUCAACUCACAGGUUGGAAAACUUGACUUGGUUGGACCCUGAGCUGUCUGCUGUUUAUAGUAUUUAUCAGAGAAUCCGUACAGUUAGGUUAACAUAAUAUGCAAUAUUAGAUAUUUUUUCAAUUAAAAUUAGAAUAAUACUGGAAAACUGCUGUUGUUGAAUUUGCACAAAAUUGUGAAUGUUCUCUUUGAUGUUAUUGAAUUCUCCAAACCUUUGCAUUUAUGAGUGAAUGCUUACACUGUUCUCUAUUAUUGGUUUUCUGAAAUACACUUUGAAAAGACAGUUAAAAACAUAUCUUGUUUGAAACCAUUGGAAAAGCUAUUAAAAUGCAACUUUUCAACAAGCUGGCUCUUACUGUCAAACUGAAUGCUGUUAUUAGUUGAAUCGUUCGAUGAUUCGGUAUGACCUGGUUUUUGUAUGCAUGACAUUAUAACAUAACUAGCUUGUGCAGGAGUUUUGCUGGCAUGGUUUUGUCCUUUUUACUGUUCAUGUCUUGUUGAAAUUUUUAACGCAAUAAAGACUGUCUUAAGCUUC